AUCACACGAGGCAGCAUUGGAACAGCCGGAGUCUCUUCAACAUCGAUAAAAAGGCCAUCAGAGCUGAUCCGGAAGCUCCCCUGCUUGCCGUUCCAAGGCCUGAUGUGGGAGAUCCUGAGCAUCCAGCCUCAGGUCCAGCGCACGAGCCGGUGCCAGCUGCGCUGGAGGUGCCGCUCAACCCCCCCGCCGAGUUGUUCGGCCUCGAGUGCGCGGUGCGAUUCGUGGAGCAGGGCUGCAAGAAGAAAGCAGACGACGGGAGAGGAAGAGCAACACAAGAGGAAAUCGGUCAGCACAUGCGCAUGCAGACACAUACACGCAAGCACGCGACAUGCACUGACCUGCCCCACUGCACCAACUCCUUUCCUUGAAAUGUGUGCAGGCAGAGAAGGCUAUGUCAUUUAUCACGCCGCGCCGCCCGCUGACGCGUCCCAGCCCGCGACUAUACGGCAUGAGCAGCCACCGGCAACCACAGCGAAGAAAACGGGGAGACCAACAAACGACUUCAACUCGAUGCUUCAAGGCGUUGGCCAUCGCCAACCCCACGCUGCCGCCAACGAGCGAGGGAGCAAAAGACGGCAAGGCACUGCGCAACACAACCCAGGAAGCACAGCAAAUAGGGCACGUGGCUAAAGGCAAGCAACUUUUCCGUCGUCCCAGUGUCGGCGAGGAGCUAUGGAUGGUGGGAGGACGAGGCGGUGAUGUAGAGUUUAUCCGCGACGGCAGCGGACACACAGUGGGCUCGACCUGGCGUGCUGCUGCAGAAUUGCAACGGACACAUGAUGUGGAGCAGGGCGUGGCGAGCGAAAAGCGGGAUGGGCAGGAAAGGGCACGUUUUGUUGAGGGCCCUCCCACCUUCGAUGAUUGCAGUGCGCGUGUGGGAGGGUGGGUGAGCGAUGUGGGUAGGUAGCGAAUGUCUUGUAGUUCCUGUCAAUAGUUUAGAUGUGAAUG